AUGGAAGAAGGCACGACGGGUGAUCUCAAUGCCGCCACGAACGCGAAACCGGGCCGUCAUUCAUCACUUGCUGUCGUCCGCGUCGUCCUGGUCCUGGUCCUCGGCGCAUUUACUGCGAAUGUCGACGGCUCGCUGGUCCUGGCUACGCACCCGGCUAUUGCGUCCGAGUUCAAUGCCCUAUCCUCCUCGAGCUGGCUCUUCGUGGCGUACAACCUCGCAGGUGCGGCCACACAAGCCAUGUAUGGAAAGCUAAGUGACAUAUACGGUCGGCGACUUCUGCUCGUCAUAGCAUAUGCGUUAUUCGCAGUCGGAUGUGCCAUUGUCGGCGCUGGACGAUCCAUGGGAGAAGUCAUUGUUGGCCGGGUAGUCUCAGGCUGUGGAGGGUCAGCACUCAAUGUGCUCGGAAUCCUGCUGAUCACUGAUCUUGUCCCCUUGCGCGAGGCAGCAUCGUGGCAAGCUAGCAUCAACCUCGCGGCCACCGCAGGCCGCAGCCUGGGCGGCCCCGUGGGCGGGUGGCUCGCCGACACCGUCGGGUGGCGCUGGUCUUUCAUGGGCCAGGUGCCCGUUUUCUGCCUUGCCAUCCUUCUGUGCCUGGCGUGGCUACCACGGCAGCAACAGAUCGACAGCAAGGAGAAACCCCGAGGCCUGGCGCGUGUCGACUUCCUUGGUGCUGGUCUCUUGGCCCUGUUCAUUCUGGCCCUGCUUCUGCCAUUCGAGCUCAGCAGUCUGCCUGGGGGGUGGUCCGGUCCGACUAUCGCGGCCGUAAUCGCUGCGCCGAUCUUGCUCGGGGCUCUAUUCGUCCUGGCAGAGAAGCGCUGGGCUGUGGAGCCCAUCUUCCCCCUCGAGGUGCUUCACAAUCGUGACGUCGUCCUGGCCUACCUGGUGACGCUUCUCCAGGCCAUGGCGCAGCUGGGCCUCCUGUUCUCGGUGCCUCUAUACUUCCAGGUCACCCAGAGGGUUUCCAACAAGGUUGCCGGGGCGUAUCUGAUCCCCGCCGUGGUGGGCAACGCAAUCGGCGCUCUCGUGGCAGGCAUCGUCAUUAAAAGAACCGGCCGAUACCGCCAAGUACUUAUUCUUGCAACCGCCGUCUCGUCUGUGUCAUACCUGCUGAUGCUCCUCCGCUGGCACGGCCAAACCAACGUCUGGGAGUCCCUCUACAUCUUCCCCGGCGGGCUGGGCACAGGCAUGGUGCAGACGGCCACCUUUGUCGCCAUCCAGGCCACGAUCGACCCGGCCCACAAGGCGGCCGCCAUGUCGGGCAUCUUCCUCGUCGUUACUGUCGGGGUCAUUAUGGGCAUGGCCGGCGUGAGCGCCGUCACGCUGCAGACAAUGGCGGGCCGCCUUGCUGCAUUGCUACGGCUUCGUGGUAUUGACGAGGUCGCUGUGUCAAAGAUCGUCGAAAGUGCCACCUCGAGCAUCGAAUAUAUCGACGACGCCCCACCAGAUAUCGCUGCGUUGGUUGUGGAGGCGUACGUCUACGGGCUGGCGGCUGGGCACGUAGUGUCUCUCUUCGGAGCUGCCCUGGCCGUGGUAUGCUGUUUUAUACUACGUGAACAUGAGCUGAGGCGUUAA